CACUUUGAAGUAUUCCUCCUCGCAUUCACGAAGUUGUCAGCAAACUCCACGGAGCAACAGCCUGCGUGGCAGCAGCGGCGCGAGCCACAGAGACACCGCGAGAGACUGAGAGAGAGACUCGGGGGAGGGUGUUUGUCUGACGCUGCUUGACUUGCAACAGCACAACACGGACCAAUGUAACUUGUAGAAACUGUUUUAAAUAAGCAGGACAUUACUGACUCUUGUCAGUCUGUGUGAAAAGUCUCCCUUUUGAAAAAUAACCAGAAUUAAGCAGAAGGUGGGUGUGCUGCUAGCAUGGAGGCACAGAACAACAACCAGCCCACCUUAGACAACCACAACAAUCUCUACAAAAUACCAGAUAAGGAUGAUCAGAAAAAUGUGCCAGGCUGUAGAUACUGCUGCACUCUGGCAAACCUCCGCAUAGAGAAGAAGAUUGGUCGGGGCCAGUUCAGUGAGGUCUAUAAAGCCACAUACCUGCUGGAGGGACAGCUGGUUGCACUCAAGAAAGUCCAGAUCUUUGAGAUGAUGGAUGCUAAGGCUCGUCAGGACUGCAUCAAAGAGAUAGAUCUACUCAAGCAAUUGAAUCAUCCCAAUGUUAUCAAAUACCUUGACUCCUUCAUUGAGGACAAUGAGCUCAACAUUGUUCUGGAGCUGGCAGAUGCUGGAGAUCUGUCCCAGAUGAUAAAGUACUUCAAGAAGAAGAGGCGCCUCAUACCAGAGAGGACUAUAUGGAAGUAUUUUGCACAGCUCUGCAGCGCCCUGGAGCACAUGCAUUCACGUAGAAUAAUGCACCGUGAUAUCAAGCCAGCCAAUGUGUUCAUAACAGCCACAGGGGAAGUAAAGCUGGGUGACCUGGGAUUAGGCCGCUUCUUCAGCUCUAAAACCACGGCAGCACACUCCCUAGUGGGGACACCUUACUACAUGUCACCGGAGAGGAUCCAUGAGAACGGAUACAAUUUUAAGUCAGAUAUCUGGUCCCUGGGAUGUCUUCUGUAUGAGAUGGCAGCGCUGCAGAGUCCAUUUUAUGGGGACAAGAUGAACCUACUUUCCCUCUGCCAGAAGAUUGAGCAGUGUGAUUACCCUCCACUUCCACCUGACCAUUACUCUGAGAAGCUGCGGGACCUGGUUAGCAUGUGCAUCAACCCAGACCCAGACCAGCGACCAGACAUCAUCUUUGUGCUGCAGUUCGCCAAACAGAUGCACAAGUGGACAUCCAGCACCUGAGCUCCUUUUCUGCUCCAAGCCCCUCUUUGCUCAGUCUGAGAACCUCAAACCAUUCGGCACAAGAUCUGCCUGCUCUUGCAGAAAAGUGUUUGCCUUAGCCUCUUCUCCACAGGAGGAAACUCUGGAAAGACUUCCAGUUCCACUUAUGUCCUGUCAUGGAGGAUGUGAAGAGCUGCGUUAUUGGUGUAGCACUCAUAGAAAGUGGAGUUUAUGACACCGCACUUAUUCAUGUGAGAUUUGACUGCAUUUCUGCUCUUUUCUAUAGCUAUGGAUAGGGAGCUGUGUCUCACUGUGAUCACAGAUUUCUCUAAGCUUUCGUUGGUAUUACUCCACAAGGGUUGCAUUCCAAGUUUAUACCCUGUGUGUCAGGUAGAGUGAGUGCAGUAGAGAUUGGGAAUUUGAAUACUUAUCAUGUAUCGUAAUCAUUUUGUCUUUUAACUUGUCAAAUUAAAUGCAUAAUUUAGGGGUCUAAAUGGACAAUCAGUAAAAACGUAAUAGCAGUUAUGAAGUCUAAUUUCUCCAAGAAAGUGUUAGCUUGCAGUGAGUCAGUUGUGAUGGAGAUCAGCCUAACGGCUUGAAAUUUCAGUCAUAUAUUUCUAUUAAGAAAGGUUUUUGUAUGGAAGCCGGAGUCAGUGUGGUGGUUUUCAACUUAACUUUGCCCAAAAUAGACUAACAAUUGACAAAAUAACCAUUACUCAAGGUCUGCUAAGUUUUACCAGCACUUUCAACAACAUCUCAUGGUCUUCAUUAGCAGAUAGAGCUUGCUCUGCUGUAAAUGAGAACUUUUACAAGCAACUUUCACAACUGACAAACCCCAUGUGCUGAUGAAGACCAUGUGGUGUGCUUGAAACUCUGGUAAAACUUAGUAAUUGGAACCACCCCAUUAUUUCCAAGGUGAAGAACUUUCAGGUACAAUAUUUUGAUUACCUCUGAAGCUGUAUUAAUUGAUUUUUGGCCACUUGGGGCAACACAGCAAUCUGAAAAAAAGCAACACUGACAUAUUUGGUAGCAAUAUUUGGUCUAUUUACUCACCCAGCAGAGACAGAGAAACUUUAUCCUUCAUCUGGAGUGGCCUUUAUAUCCACCCAAAGAAUGUAAGUCCAAAAUUCACUCUCCUUUCAGCUCUGAUUUGGUCAUCACCAACUCCUGAGAAAAACUUUCUGGUCAUUUAGAUUCUAAAUGCUCAACUAUGUUCAAUAGCUUGUCUCUAACUUUGGGCCAGUCCCAAUACCUACUUGUAUGAUGUAUUUCCCUUCACUGCCACAGAGCCCAGGUGCCUGUUAAAACUGUAGAGAAUGGAGGUCAGUUGGACACAGCAAUUUAAUGAGGCCAUCGUGUCCUUCAUGCAAAUACAAAUACAUGGCUCAGUGAAGCUCGGGGCUUUGAUUUUAUUUUCACAAAAAACAUGUAGGAUCAACGAUACAGCAGAACAUUCACAAUCAGAUGACAGCAAAAGACAACACACAUUCUGUGGCUGGGAAGGGUAAUUCAAUGAGAUUCAAGAGAGGUCACUGAGUUAGUCUGCCUAACACCAGGUUCACACUGGAUGCGAAAGCGCCGCAAAGCAUGCUGAUUUUCCAUGUGCCUGCUGGCUUUCGGUGUCCAUGUUAACCAUUUAAGCUGUUCACACUGGACGCAGUGCAGUGUCGAGCCCGGUCAAGUUUUUCCGCGAUCUGCAAGAGAACCUGCCAAGAAAACACACUGACGAUGUAUUGUAAACAAUAUAAAAUGUAUAUUAGAUAUGAUCUGAAUGAUCUGACUGUGAUAAAUGAUAGAAUUAGCACCCCAUGCUUCCACAGUCAGUUGUGUCUAAACAGAGAGCGAGUGAGACGAGAAAACAGACAGUUUGCAUAUCACUGCACUUCUGUGUCAAGUGUGAACCCAGUGUUAGAUCCUCAGGCAGGGAAAUCCACAGCUGAGGGGCCCGGACAACAAAAGCUUGGUCACCUUUAGUGAGAAGUUGAGAUUUUGGAACCAUUAGUAGAGCCUUGUUGGAGGAUCUCAGGCAACGAUCACGCUCUUAGGGAAUUAACAUGUCACAGAUAUACGCAGGAGCCUGACCAUUCAAGGCUUUAAAAACAUGCAGUAAAUCUUAAAAUCAAUUCUAAAACUCAUAGGUAACCAGUGAAGGGCAGUGAGGGUCAGUGUGAUGUGGUUGCUUCUCGAAAUACAAGUUAAAAGCCUGGCAGCAGCGUUUUGUGUGAGAUGCAAUCUUUGGAUGUUUUGCCUGCUGAUGCAAGAAUAAAGUGCCUUGCAAUAAUCAAGUCAGGAGGAAAUAAAAGCAUAGAUCACCUUUUCUAAAUCUGCAGUGGAAAGAAAUGAACCUGAUCUUCAUUAAAUGUCUCAGUUGUGCAGAGCAGGACUACACCACUUUAGUAACCUGGGCAUCAAAAGAGCACUGAGUCAAAGAUGACUCCCAGGUUAUAGGCCUCUUUUAAAUGUUUUUACAUAGGGCACCCAGUCUACAAGAGAUAUUGUUGAUGGUACCAGUACUGGAAAUGGAGGGGGUCAUUAUAAUUUCUGGUCAUUUAAUUCUUGAUUUCAGUGAAGCAGUACAUAAAACAAGAAACAUUGGUGGUGCCAGGCUUUAAUGGGACAUACAGUUCCGUAUCAUGUGCGUAGCAAUGAAAUCUAUACUGUGUUUACACAUGAUAUGCCCUAGAGGUAACAUAUAGUAAAUAGGAGGGGACCCAGGAUAGUCCCCUGGGGGACACCACAAAAGAGCAGUGCAUGAGAGAUUGAGGCAUCUCCAAGCAUGACAGAGAAGGGCCUGUUAGACAGAUAGGAGAAACCAAUCUAGAGUCACAUUACCAAUACCAACAAAGUUCUAUAGGUGAUUGUUGAAGAUAUUGUGGUCCACUGUGUCAAAGGCUGUGCUGAGGUCAAGGGGAAUUAAAACCAAAAUACUAGGCAGGGAGGUUCUAACGUAAGAUUCUAUUGACUUGCAUUCUGGGAAAUACAGUAUCUAGUUCCUCUCUGAAAUCUUGGUCUUGCAAAUCCCCCAACAGAAAUGCAGCACUAAAUCACUGAAAUAACCCUUAAGUUAUGAUUGCACCUCUGUAAAAACAAGACAAUGAGGUUGUGAUCUAUAGAUAAAAUCAGCAGCAGUAGCAGCCACAACAGAAACUCUCCCAAACUUCCAGCUGCCCAGUCUCUGUGUGAAGUCAUUGUCUUUGCUCCUGGAUGUAAUACUCCCAAACUGUGCUAAUCUCUGACUUAAUCCUUUCAGAUAAUUUUUAACUCACUCUAUUUUUCAUUUGUAAGGAUUUCUAUGUUGCCUUUUGCAUAUUAUUUUUAGUGUAGUGGAUUUAAGAAGGAAAGAAAAACUUCAUAAACCAUCUUUUGUUCAAGGACUAGCUUGUAAUUAACGUUUAGAACUUUGAUCCUUAUGGUUUCCUUGGGAAACUAUGGAUUUGGCUGAGUAUUGAUUGCUGCAGUGGCCUUUAUUGAAUCUGUUCAUCACAAAUCUAAGACACACAGAGUUGUACAAAGUGUUGAUAUGUGUAAACACAGACCAAUAUUACUGUGAAUCUGUUAUAGAAAUGAGAUGCUGUGAAAGUCAUCAUUAUAGAUAGUACCAAGCAAGAAUAUCUUUUAAGAAAAAUAUCUAAUGAAUAGUGCCUUAUCGUACAGAAUCACUGAACAGUAUUUUUAAUUAUUUGUUCUUGACAACUUCUACUCGGAUAAUAUAGUUGAUGUAUGACAUACCCAGGAUGGGACAAGUUUAGACAAUUUAUAGCAGUAUAGUAUCUUUAUCUUCCAUCUACUGUACUUGUUGAAUAUUGCCUUUUCACUCAAUGUAUUGUGCCAUUAUGUUUUUACCAUUGUACUUUUCUGUGUAACAUGACAUUAAAUUUAGCUCUGCUGGAAAUCAAUUGCUUCAUGUGUUGCAUUUGUAGUAA